GGUGUCAUCGUGGAGAAUGAGCGCAUUUGUAAACAUCGUGGUGAUGUUUAUGCACUACCCAUGUGCGGUUUGAUCCUUUUUAUUUCGUUCAAAAAUUUAAAACAAGAGUUUAUUACCGAUUUAAGACACACUCACUAUGGCGGAUGAUGCUGGAUUCACGGAAAAGCAGAAGACCCAUAAAAAGCGACAAGCCGGAGUAAAAGCCGACAAGAAAAAGGCUAAAAGCAAACCUACGGAUAAAGGGAAAAAUGUAAAAGCAUUUGCCAUUACAAAGGCCCGUAGUGCAGAGAAGCGUUUUCGACGAAAAGAAGACAUUCUCACCAAAAAGCAUCAUCUGCCAGUGGUCGAUAAAACACCUGAAGAGCCUCCGCCAGUGUUGAUUGCGGUGGUUGGGCCACCAAAAGUCGGAAAAUCAACGUUGAUAAAUAAUCUAAUCAAAAUUUUCACCAAAACUAAUGUUACAAGCGUCAAUGGCCCAAUUACGAUAAUCACUUCAAAAAAGCGAAGAAUCACUCUAAUCGAAUGCAAUAAUGACAUCAACAGUAUGAUUGAUAUUGCAAAAUGUGCCGAUCUUGUUUUGCUGAUGGUCGACGCGAGUUUUGGGUUCGAAAUGGAAAUCUUCGAAUUUUUGAAUAUUUGCCAGGUACAUGGUAUGCCGAAGAUAAUGGGUAUACUAACCCAUCUGGAUACAAUCAAAAGUGCCAAGGCAGUCAAAAUGCAGAAAAAAAUUCUCAAACAUCGCUUCUGGACAGAGGUAUAUGAUGGUGCUAAAUUGUUCUAUCUUUCCGGUUUGAUACACGGUGAGUAUCUCAGGAAUGAAAUACAAAAUUUGGGACGGUUUAUUUCAGUGAUGAAAUUUCGGCCACUAAGCUGGCGAGGCGCACACAGUUAUAUUCUCGCCGAUCGAAUGGAGGACAUUACAAACUCGGAACAAAUUCGGUUGGAUUCAAAGUGUGACCGGGAUGUGGUCCUCUACGGAUAUGUGCGCGGGGUGCCAUUGAAAAAGGAGAAUGUGGUUCACAUCGCAGGACUCGGAGAUAUGCGCUUUGAUGAACUGAGCGCCCUUCCGGAUCCGUGUCCUCUUCCAUCUACAGAGAAAAAGCGAAAUUUGUUGGAAAAGGAACGCUUGCUGUACGCUCCGAUGUCCGGGGUGGGAGGAAUUGUGUACGAUAAGGAUGCUGUUUACAUCGAAUUACAAGGAUCACACAGUCAUCGGAACAAUGUGCAGAACAGUGAGCAACAGGAACUGGUGAAAAGCGUCAUCGAGAAAAAAGAAACUCUGGACAAACAGAUCGAAAAUCAGGAAUUCAAACUUUUUAGUGACGGCAAUGUGAUAAAGUCUAAUGAGUUCCAGCUGGACGCGGAAGUUGAAGAUGAGGAUGAAGGUAACGAAAGCGAUCAAGAUUCUGGCGUUGAAGACUCAGAUGAUGAAAGCAGUAGCCUACAAACAGCCAAAUUUGGCUGGAAUCCCGAUCAGGAUGAAGAGGAGGAACCAUCCGAUGAUGACGAAGCGGAUGAAGAGGAUAUGAACGAUAUAUCAUGCGAUGUAGGACCGAAGAAUACCAGUGGCUUUCUUUCUUCGGGUGAUGAUGAAAACGAACCGGAAUUGGGCAGCUCGAUGACUUGGAAGGAAGGUUUGGUCUCGAAAGCCCGGCGAGACUAUCUCGAGCGACAAUCGAGUAGCAAAAAUUUGAUGAAACUUGUGUAUGGCGUUUUCAGUAACUUUGGGAAGAAGAUCGCAAAAGAAGCCAGCGAAGAUGCUGAAGACGAUCAAGAAAAUGAAGAUUUGCUAGGUGGUCUUUUCAAGGGUGUAUCCCAAAAACAGGCAGAGAUACAAAAAAAGAAGGCGAUUGAGAAUGUUGAUGAAGGAUGUUUCUUUGAAGAGUACGGAGACGGAAUCCGAGAUUGGACCCAGGAAGAGAACAAACAAUUGAUAAGAAAUUGUUUUGUUACCGGUAAAUGGAAGGCUUCAGAAGAUGCUGAAGAACUACUGAAACUAGAUGAUAUGAGCGAUGGGGACAGCGAAAUGUAUGGUGAUUUUGAAGAUCUACAGACAGGAGAGAAACAUAGUGGGAAUAAGGAUCGGGAAAAUGACGAGAGUAAACUGGGCGAAGAUGAUUCAGAAUCAAACACUCAGGACAAAUCCUUGAAACGCAAAGUAUCUAGAAUCGAGGAAAAGAAUAUGUCAAGAAAUGAGCUGAUGGCUAAGAAAAUGAAACUAAAGGCUAAAUUCGACGCUGAAUACGACAACUCAGAGAAAGACGAUCAGCACAUCGAAGGGGAUCAUCAAUACUAUGAAAAACUGAAAGCAAACGCACUGCAACAAUCAGAAUUGAAUAAAACAGAAUUUUCCAGUCUUGAUCAUGAGAGCCGAUUAAAUAUUGAAGGUUAUCGAGCUGGUCUCUAUGUCCGUAUGAAUUUUAAAAACGUUCCUGCUGAAUUCGUUGAACAUUUCGAUCCAGCUUACCCAGUGCUGAUAGGAGGACUUAAUAUGGCCGAAGAAAAUGUUGGCUACGUUAGUUGUAAAGUAAAAAAACAUCGAUGGUACAAGAAAAUCCUAAAGGCUGGAGACCCAUUGAUCAUAUCCCUAGGAUGGAGACGUUUUCAAACCAUACCUAUGUUCGCUAAAAUAGAGGAUGAUCUCAAGCAUCGGUAUCUUAAAUAUACGCCCAAUCAUGUGACAUGCGGUAUGACCUUUUGGGGACCAAUUACUCCUCAGAACACAGGUCUUCUGGCAAUACAGUCAAUUGCAUACGAUCAACAAGAGACUAAAAAGCUUGGAUUCCGCGUAGCCGCAACGGGUGCCGUUACUGAGAGUGAUAAAUCGGCACAAAUAAUGAAGAAGUUGAAGCUCAUUGGAUCUCCGUACAAAAUUUACAACAAAACCGCUUUCAUCCAAGGAAUGUUCAAUUCAACUCUGGAAGUCGCUAAAUUCGAAGGAGCAAAAAUUAAGACAGUUUCUGGAAUCCGAGGGCAAAUAAAAAAGGGAGUCCCACCGGAGGGUAGCUUCCGUGCGACUUUCGAAGAUCGAAUCGUUCUCAGCGAUAUUGUAUUUUGUCGCACUUGGUUCAAAGUGAAUGUUCCGAACUUUUACGUCCCGGUAACGAAUCUCUUGCUCGCACCCGAGAAGAGAGCCAAGUGGGUGGGAAUGAAAACACUCAGCCAGCUGAAACGAGAGAAGAACAUAAAAUUCGAAGCUAAGGAGGAUAGUUCGUACAAACCGAUCGAGAGAGAAGAUUUGCAGUUCCGGCCUCUGAUGAUACCGAAAAACCUGCAGAAGGCCUUGCCCUACAAGGACAAACCAAAGCUUGGUCCAAUAAACUCCAAGAAACCCUUUGAAAGCGGCCGGAUCGCUGUAGUUCACUCGCCCCAUGAGCAAAAGGUUGCCAAAAUGAUGAAAAUGAUCAGGACCAACUUCGAGGUCAAGGAAGAGAAACGGAAACAACAGGCCAAACAAAAGUCAGAGAAGUACAAGAAGCAGAAGGUUAACGAAGACUUCCGCAAAUUGCAGAGACAAAAGGAGCUCAAGAAAAAGGUUUUCAAAGCUAUCAGCAAGAUGGAAGCGAAACAUCAAAGUAAAGCUGCUAAAGGUGGAUCUACCAAAUAACUGAUUUAUACGUUUUGUAUUUAAAUGAAAUCAGUUAAUUGUAUUGUUAUAUGGUACACAAACGUAUUGUUAUUUGCUACAUCAAAUAAAACACUCGAGAAACUCGACUAUAACCAGAGA